AUGCGUCGGCAGUGAUGGUGGGCGAGUGGAACCCAUGAGGGAGCGAAGCCGGGGAGGGGGGAAACGAGAGAGCGACGCACGGAGCGAGCGAGCGAGAGCGAAUACGAGCGGGAGACAUGGCCGGGGUGUUCGACAUCGACUUGGACCCCGAGUACCAGCAGGAAGAAGCCGUUUCGGACGAGGAGCUGGAAGGGGUGCAGUACAGUGACUGCAUGGAGCAUGGUGUUCCCUUUGAACUGGAUAUGGAGCACUGUGAAAAGUUUGAAAUCUCUGAAAAUAAUGUGAAUCGAGGUCCAGAAAAGAUCCGACCAGAAUGCUUUGAGCUUCUGCGUGUACUGGGCAAAGGUGGUUAUGGGAAGGUUUUCCAAGUCCGAAAAGUAUCAGGAGCGUACACUGGAAAGAUAUUUGCUAUGAAAGUGCUAAAGAAGGCAAUGAUCGUUCGUAAUGCAAAAGAUACUGCGCAUACUAAGGCAGAACGCAGUAUCUUAGAGGACGUGAAGCAUCCGUUCAUUGUGGAUUUGAUGUAUGCUUUCCAGACUGGGGGUAAACUCUACCUCAUCCUUGAGUAUCUCAGUGGUGGAGAGCUGUUUAUGCAGCUAGAAAGGGAAGGAAUCUUUAUGGAAGAUACUGCUUGUUUUUAUUUAGCAGAAAUAUCAAUGGCUUUGGGGCACUUGCAUCAGAAAGGUAUUAUCUACCGAGACUUGAAGCCAGAAAACAUCAUGCUGAAUCGUCAAGGGCACGUUAAACUGACAGAUUUUGGACUAUGUAAAGAAUCUAUUCAUGAUGGUGCAGUGACCCACACGUUUUGUGGCACAAUUGAGUACAUGGCGCCUGAAAUUUUAAUGAGAAGUGGACACAAUCGAGCUGUGGACUGGUGGAGUUUAGGAGCCCUAAUGUACGACAUGCUGACUGGAGCACCACCAUUCACUGGAGAGAACAGGAAGAAGACAAUUGACAAGAUCUUGAAGUGUAAACUCAAUUUGCCACCCUACCUCACACAGGAAGCCAGAGAUCUUCUUAAAAAGCUGCUAAAAAGGAAUGCUGCUUCACGCCUUGGAGCUGGAGUUGGGGAUGCAGCAGAUGUCCAGGCUCAUCCUUUCUUCAGACACACAAACUGGGAGGAUCUACUUGCUCGGAGAGUUGAGCCACCUUUCAAGCCAUUUCUGCAAUCAGAUGAUGAUGUUAGCCAGUUUGAUUCAAAGUUCACACGACAGACACCUGUUGACAGCCCUGAUGACUCAACCCUCAGCGAAAGUGCCAAUCAGGUCUUCCUGGGAUUCACAUAUGUGGCGCCAUCAGUACUGGAAAGCGUCAAAGAAAAAUUCUCAUUUGAGCCAAAAAUCCGUUCACCUCGCAGAUUUAUUGGCAGCCCUCGGACUCCAGUCAGCCCAGUGAAGUUUUCAUCUGCUGACUGCUGGGGCCGGGGUGCUAACAUGGAACCACCCAGAGAACGUAGAUCUUCAGACUACCCAAUGGAUGUUGGUGUGGAACAGAUGGACGUAACCGUGAGUGGAGAAGCAUCUGCUCCACUGCCAAUCCGACACCCUAUGGGCGUGAGCUCUGUGCCUUUCAAAAAGCAAACGUAUCCUGUGCCCCCAAAUAGACCCGCACAUCUGCGUAUGAACCUAUGACAACAGGUGAAUGGAGAAGGAAGGAAAAAGAUCGAUGCAAGACUGCGCUUGUACAAGUGCUGACCAAGUACAAAUGAGAGUAUUUUUGGGAGGAUGCUAAGCCUCCCCAUCUUUCUCUCCACAAUACCCCCAAACCCCUUUUCAGAAACAACCAUAGAACUCUUGGUUCAGGACAUUACUCAAUGAAACUUAUGCAUCACUGACCGAAGAAAAAGGAGAUUUAAAGUAAUUAGUGGGGUGAUGAACAUUUUUGAGACGCAUGUACUGCAUCAGUUUAGGGGCAUUAACGUCCCACGCAGCAUUUCUCCUCUUGAGGUUCUGCACUAGACGUUAACUGAAAAGUCCCGUGGCUCAUCGUCACUGAUGGUGUUGAAGAAAUCUUUCUGCUUAGGUGCCUGAUGAACAGUAUUAUUAACGGCAGAGUUGUUGCACGGCUUUGCCUGAAUCUCUCAAUCAAAUUGCAGCUUAUGUCUGGAGGGUAGAGGAGGGUGCAGACAAUGCUGGGUGUGUCUGCACCUGGGAUAGGAAAGAUUGCACACUGGGUUCUGAUAACGUAAUGACAAAGUCUCAGACUCUCAAUCCUGUAUUGUAACACAUUGAAACCCACAUAAAUACAGUUUAUGGAAAGAGAUCAUGGAUUAAAAAAAUCUAUACACGCUGUAAUGCGUACAGUGGUGAUAGAAUUGUAUUAACUCUUUGGUACAUGCAAGUCUUAAAAACUUAAGUUUGCUUUGUGUAGACUUAAUGUUUGAACAGGUUUAAAGUUUACCACAUUAUCUGCCUUUUUGCUACUGCAACGAUACUCUUACAGUUGUUUAUAAUCACAGUACAGGUGGAAAUCUAUCUUGUUCUUUUCUAGAAAGAGUUGUACCAUCUCCCAAGAGUGUACCAGCAUGUUGGUGCACCAUUUGUGCAGCAAGCACUUUAAAAUCUAGCCUAUCUGCAUUUCUGGAUCAUUAUGAAUUUCUAGUUUAAAUCCUUUCUGUACCCUUUAAAUCUCGUUAUUCCCUGUUCCUCUUGCGAACUAUUUUUACGCUGGCAUCCAUGCCACAUACCUCAAUAGCAUAAUAGACCCCCAAAGUUGGGGUUGCUCCAAUCUCCUGGAUGUGAUGAGGUGAGGCAUGGAUGGGAAAUGAAGACAUUCAUUUAGACUCGAACGAAGUCUUCCCUUCCUGCAUUCAAGCCCCUCUGAGGAGCCUGAAAUUCUGUGGUACCUCCCAUGUAUAAGCCGUGGUUCUGAGCAGAAUACUAUAUAUUAAAAUGUCCCAAAAAAAAAACUUUCCACAGCUAUAGUACUCGACUGACAUUUGUUCUGAUUAUGUCAUUGCUGUGCUGUAGAUUUUCAGGUCUGAUUUGUGUGAAAUGUAGUGUGUGCUGAAAUGUUUUUAUUUGCAAGCUGCUUUUCCUGUAUCUGUCUGUGCUAUUGAAAUCAGUUGAGCCAUAGGAUACAAGCCAUAAAUGUCUUUAUGCACGGAAAGGUAGUUUGGCAUGCCAUAAGCCUUUUUGAGUACAAACCGAUAUGAAAGCUUAAAUUUAAACUUAAAAGCUGUUAUGUAUGCAGACUUGCAUAUAGAGACCUGAACAUGCAGUUCAGAUGCCAUUCAUUUCAGUGACAUUUAUCCUUCGUUAAAUUCAUAAAUAUUUCUCUCCCAUUUCUUGUCCUUUGGCUCAGAGCACAGUGAUCUCAUUAAUUUCAGCCACUUGAAUUUUUGCUGAAGAAAAUUCAAGACUUAAUCAUUAAGAGCUCCAUUUCAUCUUAGCCUAACUCAAAGUUGUGAUUAUAUUGGUAUCAAUAUUUGCUUUUGGGUGUUAAUUUACAUGCCUCACUUGAACGCUAUUCCUGUUUUACUGAGGUAGAAAAUCAUGGUAAAUGAAAUUCUCAUUGUGAGGAUCGUACGCAAACCUGUAACUUAGGAAAUGGGGCCAUUAAUUGGAGAGAAGGAAUUGCUUCUUCAAAGUAUCUAAUGCUAAAAUUCAAAUUUAUUUAGGUUAAUUGCUCAUUUUGCUUUUUCAUUUCUUCUCCCUGGCAGUAAUUCCAUUGUGAGUUCAAUAAUGUAAAAUCAUAUUGGCCUGUUCUGUUGAUCAGCAAAAUCUUAGACUGAGAAAUCCAGUCUUGAUCUGGAAGAACAUGGAAAAAUCUUUUGAGUCAUGUAGUACAAUAGGAGCAUCAUUUUAAAUUCUCACUAAUGUUGGCUGUGAAGAGAUUUAUAUUCUAAUACUGAACUUGGAUUGAUCAGCCUCCGAUUGUAAUUAUUGUAGUUUACUACAAAUGGCUCAAGAUUCAAUACCAGUUAAUGAAACUUAAUGACUUAUUAUGCAUAUGAAUCUCUGAGCAUGUACAUGCUCAAUCACCUAUCCUGGAACUGUCCACGUGACUCAGAAGAUGCUGUAUCCUGAACUAACAUGACUAUAUCAGUGGCAACCUUGGAGUUGAGUGUAUCUGUCCAAUUUGUUAUAAGAAAUGCUACGUUUCAUUUUUACAGUUUCUCAGGCCUGUGUUCCACUGAAUCCUCCCUCCUUUGUCCGUAUGAAAAUGGCCAUCUUCCGAAUCUCUGCGCUGACCAUGUAUCCAUUUACCAUAAAAGUCAUUUUGAUGUAAUUUGUAAGAUAUCGAUCAGUCCUGACUGAACUAAAAGUAACUGUGGCAGCAUUUGUUUUCUUUUCUGUUGAGCUAAUUUGAAAUGUUAGGGUCUAGAAAUGCCUAAACCUGCCUCCUGGCCAUGCUGCUAUAUUGUUAGCUGAAAUAUGAGUGGCCUUUUGCUCUCAUUCACGCAUCAAGCUUCUCUAGGUGACAUGGUUGAGAUUGGAAAUUUUUUAAUUACAAAGAGGUUUGUGGUGUGAACUUGUGUUCCAUCACUGCUGCAACACAAGAGGCUGCCAACAAGCUCUAUACCAGGCAGAGAUUGAACAGCAUGACAUAUCAGCUUGUACGUAAUGCACUUAAAACAAUGUGAUCAGAGUUGGUUGAAGCAGUUUUAAUAAGCUUCUUGUUAGAUGCCAUAAAACCAAACUCUCAGAACUGACGGCAUUUGCCAGGAAACAUCCUCCAGGAAGAGGGGCAGUUGUGCUCUUAACUCCAAGACUUAGUUGAAGUCAUGAUUUUUAGUGUUUUUUUAAAUGGGCAAAAUACAUCAAGUAGAUUUUUAUGUUUACAAGGGCAUCACUACCUCCCACCUUUAGUUAUACAGAAUUAUUCAGUGACUUCAAAAAUUGUCUUUUUUGUAUUACCAUGCUGAAAUCUAUUAAUUUCUAUUUAACUCUCUAAAAAAGGUCAGUAAAGGCUGAUUUGCAGUUUAUACAUCUUUCAAAUUCACUUGCUGUUGUUAAUGCAAGAGUUUAUACAAUGGUAUAAUCAGAUGUGUUGUUUGAGUUUGUCCAUAUCGUUUUUAAAAUUUUGGGGUUUUACAGAGCUUUGUGGGUCACAUUCUAUGAUUCUAUGUUUUUCCAUUUUGAUCAGAAAGCCAGAGGCCAGAAAUGAAAACAGUUCAUAGAUUUGAAUAUUGUUAUUGCUGCUUGGGUAAUGUUUUUAGUUCCUGCAUUUCAGAAGAAAGAUCAGAUCAAUAAGCUGAAUUAUAUUCAAGGAAUAACGUCUAUUUAACCUGUACAAGCAUCUAAAGUGACAGUUUUACAAAUGUCAAGUUCAAAGUAAUUCUGAAACAGAUUUCUUUGUGGAGAAUUAGAAAUGAAGCCUCUUUUAGAAAAGCUAUUGAAGGAGCAUUAUGACUUGGUUGACUUUGUGGAAUCACUAAUGUAUCCAAAGUCCAAUCUAAUUUAUGUUAAAAAUGUUCAAUAGCGGUGGAUCAUACACUUGCAGAUGCCCAUGGCUAUCUGGUAUUCUGCAGUCACUUGGGCUGUUGUAUUGAAUUUGGGAAGGUGAGAGAACAAUGGCUGCAUGUUCCCUAUCACUUGUCUAGUUGUGUUUCAUAGGCACUGCAUGCUGAAAUGGAGAUGUAAGUGGCUUACUUCUAUGAUAUGCCAGAUUAGUAAACGUGCAUUUACCCAUUGGGUGAUUUGAAGAGGUGUGGAGAUUAAGUCCUGCUGUCUGGGUAAUUAAAAUUCACAUUUUGUCAUUCUUCUGGUACUGCUUCACAGCUACUGUAGACUGACCAUAGAAGAUAGCAAAUUAAGCAUUGAAUCACUAUUAGUUGUGUUGUCACUCUUUCUUUCUUUCUGUUAUCUUUAUAUGUAGCAGUCAGCAAUCAUGUAAAGGCCAAUAAGUUUUCCAAGGUUGUAAUUGCAAAGCACUAAAACACAUGUUGGAAAGGGUUUUGGUGUCUUUUAUUAAAUAAAAUCCAACACUUACAAAGAACUGUGCUGAACUGUAUCUGACUUGAAGAUUUUUAUAUAAUGAUUUUUCCAUAAUAUCUGGGGAAGUGUCUUAAAAAUAUUGAAUGCCAAAGUCUGAGGUUGAAUUAAUGUCUGCUUUGGCUGUUAAAUCAGCUGUUUCACAUCCUGAGUUUUCAGACUAAUUUCUUCUCCUCCUUAGUCUGAUUUCCACCAACUCCCUGCCACCACCGCCCCCCCCCCCCCCCCAAAAAAAAACAGCAAACACCACAACUCUGGAGGAGAGGGGAGGAAUAAUUCUUGGAACCCAAAUUAAAGAUGUCUGAAAAAGGCAGUGGGAAGGGGAAGUGUUGCAAAAUUGGAUUCAUUGUAAUGGUUGGAUUUCUGAAGAGCUGUUGAUAGUUUUAAAACAGAUGGACUUUGCGGAGUGACUUAAAUUAACAUCAGAUUCUGUGUAGUCUUGGUUGAGAAUGCCCUGGAAAAUAAACUUCCUAAAAGGUCCACACUUGGUUGAUUGCAAAUCAUCUUUAGUAAUAUGUUAACAUUGCCAGCGUUCAGGAUAUGGGAUUCAUGUACAUAGAAGCCACCAGCACUGUAGCUUUUGGUUCCUGAAGUAAGUUGUGUAACGAAUCUUACAUGGAGCAUGUAGUUUCACAGAACUCUCGUCCUGUCCUGAUCUUUGUAGUGGGGUGUUAUUUGAAUGUAUUGCUAAGGAAAAAAAAUUGGGUGACCUCUGCCCGCCCCCCACAAAAGAAAAAAAAUCCAGGUCUUUCCUCUAACUUGGGUUUGCGAUCCAAUACUUUUGUGGAGAUGAGAGCAAGAUGAUCAAUACAUUUCAAUGCUGACAUGGACCCUUAGGUUUACAAUGAACUCAAACUAUGCAAAUUGCUUUUCUCUCCCAGUCUACUGAAAAUUUGAAAACAUCAAAUUUCAUUAGAUAUCAAUUUGUCAAGUGGUUUAAUAAUCUCAAAAUUAGGUUUUGUAUUUCAACAGAACUAUGAAGUUUGUGUUGAUUCUUUAUUUUUACAUUAUAGAUUUGAAACUUUUAUUGUGGUGCAAAUGGCUACCUGAUUUGAAUUGUAGAUUAGAAAAAAUAUUUUGUAAACUGCUUCCUUUCUCUCCGUGUUCCACAUCCCUUUUGGAGGUUUAUUUGAUAGAUUUUUUUUUUGGAUCAUUUUAAAAUUUAUAACUCAUUUGUGUGGAAAUGGAGAUAGUUAUAAAUUUGUUUUUUUAUGGGAGCUGUCAAACGUUUAUGAAUGUGGAGUCUUUAUAGGCUUUAUGGGUCUGUAAAUCUAGCUGUGGAUACUACCAUUAAUGUUUAUUUGAGUUUGUUAACAAAAUAUGUAAAGAGGUAUUGAUUGGUAUAAGCCUACUUGUAGUUCUCAGGCAGCUUGCUGCCAAUGCUGUGAUGUUGAUGUAGCACUGAUAUUUGUGAACCAGAAUUAGUAUGCAUUGGAUCCCUGUGGAUGCUGUUGGCCAUGAACACCAAUCCUGUGUAGAAAGAGCCAUUCCACCAUGAUUGGCUUGAAUAGUUUACAGCUGCGUUCACACUUCAGCUGCAACAUUGUCUCAGGGCUGAUGGCUAAGUCUGCACACUGAUUCUAAACCAUUCUACAAUUGGGUAAGAGUUUUCUCAGGAAUUACAUUAUAACUUCAAGACUGUCUUGCACCAAUGUUGUAGUGUAAUAUUGGAGCCUUUAAUAAUGGAUUUGGGUCUUUAGGAAACAGCAUUUUUCAAAAUCUUGAGAUCAAUCAACUGGAUUUGUGAUCUAAAAUAUUACAGUCUACGGGCAGUUCUGUGCAUAAUUGUUUCUUCCCUGUGAUACUUAUGGCAUGUACUAUAGUGGCUAAAUUAUAAUUGUGGAUAUGUGGGUGUUGGACUGGGGUGGACAAAGUCAGAAGUCACAACACCAGGUUAUAGUCCAACGGGUUUAUUUAAAAUCGCAAGCUUUCAAAGUGCUCCUUAGUUCGGUGAAGCUAGUUCACCUGUUGGACUAUAACCUGGUGUCGUGUGACUUCUGACUAAAUUAGCAAUGUAGUUGCGCUUCAGAUUUACCUGCAGUUUCUCUAGGAAGAUUGUGAAGCAAAUGAUUGAAUUUGUCUUAACUUAGGGUAGUUGUUGACUGUUCUAAUGGUGAUCAGUUAAUGUCCCCAGCUCAUCCCCUCUCAUCUCUGCUGAAAACCAAAGGCAAGUAAGUGGAGACGUAUAAUUGGACUUUCUGCUGGCAAAGAAUCACUCAUAUUCAGCAUUCCCAUUGCAACACUUUUAAGGAUGUUAAGGUUACUUGUAACUAAGUUAAUACAAGUGAGAAAUUGAAGUUUGGAAACUCUUGUCAUGUGGGGCUCAGUACAAUCCUAUGCUGUAGACUUACCCACUGAGCUAUUGGAGAACCUUUUUUCUUUUUAGUUUGCCCUCGUGUUUUUAAAGAUAAUUUGGGAACAGUCUAUUAUUGCAUGAACCUUCUCAUAUUUUGUGGCAUGCAGCUGAAGCCUUCCAGGUUUAUUUUGUCAUUACAGUAUUAAUCUUUGAUUCAUAUAAGCUUUUAUUAGCAAGUAACUUAGCUAAUUGUUUAAUAUUAAUUUGAAGAGACACUAUCCUGGAUUGUCUGCCCAAAUGCGCUGUGCACAGAGCUUAACCAUAAGUUUGUGCCCUUGAUUAACGAGUUUUGAAGAUCCAUUUAAAGCCCAGGUACAGUUCAACAGAAGGACAAUCAGGCCACUAGUCAUCCUAAACUGCUACUUGUAUGUACAUCCAAAGGUAGAUUUGCUUGCUGAUAUGAAAACACAGAACAGUGGAAAAGAGGAAUUCCCCACUUUACAAGAAAGAUAUGUUCAUUUUAUCAUCUAGGCAAAACAAUUAGUUUGAAAAAUCAAGUACUGUUGAGGUGUGUUGACUGCUGUGAAUGUUCAGUACAAAGAUGUUCUCUUUUUUUAAAGACGACUUUAUGGAACAAUGACUAAACUGAUGUCUACAGGCUAUAGCUGCCUUCAAUGGAACAUUAUUAUGCCUUACUCCAUAUUAGCUAAAUCUUUCUUUGCAUAAACUUUGGUAGUAAAACCAUAAUUCUGUUGCACAACCAUGCAGAAAAUGCAAAUGCUGGAAACUUGGAAUAAAAAUAUCCAGAAAGGCGCAGAUCAAUCACCUUUAUAAGGAAAUGUUUUGAAGAAGGAUCCUGUCCAAAGUGUUAAUUAAUUUUUUUUAUUUUUGUACUUUAUUCCAUGUGAUUGCAAAUUUUAAGGCUGCUUCAAUAAAAGGGAAGACUCCUGAUAAUCCUUUUAACUGUUUCUUCAUUUGAAAUCUUUAUUUUCCUUCGUUUUUGAUCAAAGGAAAACAAUGCAAUGGAUUACAAGGGACUGGAUAGUGGUUGAUAUCACUGUGUUGGAUAUGAAUGUUUUAUAUGCAUACAAACAUCAGGGAAGUUCUAUCAAGGGCCAUCAAUUUCUCUUGUUCUAGGUUCAUACUGUAACCAGCGCUGUAGUUUAGAGUUGUAUUGAUCAUUCAAUUGGAUGGCAUAUUUUCCUAAUAGGAUAAAUGAAGGACACUAAUUAAUCUGGCAAAAAUCAUCACAAAUGCUUAAAACACACAGCAGACUUGAGAACAGUUGAAUGUCUUAUUGUAUAACCAAUGUAGACAUGGAUUUUCAAAUUGUACCAUUAAGUUACCAGCAUGUAAAGGUUAAAACAAUUACUUAUGUCAAUUUUGACAAUGGAACCUUCAAAACCCAGGUUGUCAGAUAGCUGUGGGUUGGUUGUGAACUGAUACAGGGUUUGAACAGGUAUACUGUAGUUGGGGUGAUAACUGGGCUCCGUAAGUGAAAGACUGUUUAGAAAACUUGGAAAGCUGCAAGUGACAGUGCUGUUGGAAACCUGUGCCUAUUUGCUAUCUUGGUUAUGCUAAUAUUUUGGAUUUGUUUCAUUGAUCUUCAUGUGGCAUGUAGAAGUUGCCAAAUUUCUACAGACCAGUGGAAAUGCAAAUGAGAAGGCUCUAAAGUAUGCCAGUUGGUGUAAACAGCCUCAAGAAGAUUAAAUGUGAUAUUAACUUGCGAAUGUAUUAUGACCAAAUUCAUUUUAAAACCACUUACCACCCAGUUAAUACUUUUACUUUCUUACUACUGUCCCAGCACCAAUCCCUACAAAGUGAUGGGUCACCUAUUUUGGGAUUCAUACAUAGGUCAGGUUAUAAAGCAGAAGGUUGCAAUAUGGAUUAAUACCAAUGGAAUGAGUAAAAUAUGAAGUCAAAGCAGAUUUUUGUUUUUUAAAAAAAUGUCCCUAGAAGUGAUACAGCUGUAGAUGUAGUAAAUUAUGUUGCCCAACAGUGUCCCAGCAAAUUGAAUUUAAUGCACCUCAAGUACCAGGGGAGCUGCAUUUUAUUGCCUUUAGCUACUCAUAGAUCUGGGAGUAUGUCCAGAACCCAUGUUGUAAUGGAAUUCACCUGGAGAUGGGUACAAUUGUGUCUACUAAAUGUUUUUACAGUGCUCUAAGAACAAUAAGAAUAUGCUAAUGGCAGGAUAUCACAGCUGUUCUUUUAGGUUGCUGUGUUUGGGGUGUCUCACUAGGCAUUUUGAAGUUGACUGUAAUACAAUUGGAAUUUUGAUUUUAAGGGAACAUAGUUUGAGUUGAAACUAGUAGGGUUGUCCAUGCAGUUGGCCAAGUGUAACGAGGUAUAAGUUGUUCAGUUCUAUAAAAUAUUCAACACAACUUGAGGUUAAUUUUUGUCCCAACCCUUGCAUUCCAACUCCAAGAUAAAAGCACAAAAAUCUCAACACUCUAUAUGGUAUAAUGUUGUAUAUGACCUUGGCUGACUUUUUCAUUACUCCAAGAUAAAUAUUUGGCAUGUGCUUUACUACUAGAGAAUUAGAUAUGACUCAUUAUGCCAAUAGGACUACAUGAUUUCGUUGUCCGAGUAAAAAUGGUGUGAAGCUACUUUCUCCCCCCCCCCCCCUCACUAAUCAUCUUGUACUUAAUCAGCUGUAUUACUGAAAUAAAAUUUGAUCAAUGAAUGAACAGCUAUAAAAGUUGAAUGUAGUUUUGUUUUGUUUCAAUAGAACUUGAGUGGUAGAUCACCAAUAAAAUAAGAGUGUGGCAGUUGAGACCAUCAUGAAUCGCAUCAUCUUUUUAUUUUGUCACUCAAUUACAAUAAGCAUAAAUUUCUACAUGUAGCAAAGUUAAACCAACAAUGUGUAGAUAAAGAAUAAUAGGUUGAUUAGAAAAUUUCUGAACUUACAAACAUUGAAUUUUUGGAACUGGGGCAAACUAGCUGAUGUAAAACACAAGGCCCAUAAUUUGAUUAAACUAUGUUUGUAUUCCUGCAGUGCAAGUGCAGUGCUGUUUUCUAAAACUGUAUUUUUAUUACUUCCGUAGAAUAUGGAUGUCACUGGCUAGUUCAGUGUUCAUUACUCAUCUUGAAUUGUCCUGAGGAAGAUGAUGGUGAGCUGCCUCCUUGAAAUGUUUUAGCCUUCUUAGUGUUGGAAUACAACAUUGAUGUUAGGGAGAGAGUUCCAGGAUUUUGACCCAGUGACAGUGAUGGGAUGGCAAUUUGGUUCCAAAUCAAGAUGGUGAGUGGCCAUCGUCAACCAGAUGUUGAGGUGAACAUCGAAUCCCUAUAGUGUGGAAACAGGCCCUUUGGCACAACAAGUGCACACUAACCCUCAGCAUCCCACCCAGACCCAUCCCCCUAUAAUCCACUUAAUCUAUAUAUCACUGAACACUAUGGGCAGGUUCUUAGCAUGGCCAAUCCACCUAGCCUCUACAUCUUUGGACUUUGUCUAAAUUUGUGCAUGGUGUCUAAAGAGAUAGGCGACGUCCUUAAUGAAGCUUUCUUCUGUAUUCACAACUGAGAGAGACCAAGUUGUAGAGGAGUACGGUGUGAAACAAGGGUCUGUUCUGGAUCCUCUUCUAUUUGUGAUUUUUGUAAAUGAUUUGGAUGAAGGAGAGGAAUGGUGCAUUGGUAAUUUUGUGCAUAAUAUGAAGGUUGGUCACGUAGACAGUGCAGAGGGCUGUUCUAGAUUACAAAGGGACAUUGAUAGGAUGCAGAGCUGGGCUGAGAAGUGGCAGGUGAAGUUUAAUCCUGAAAAGUGAGGUGAUUCAUUUUGGAAGGAUGACUUGAAAGCAGAAUACAGGAUUAGCAGAAAGAUUCAUGGCAGUGUGGAGGAGCAGAGGGAUCUUGGAAUUCAUGUCCACAGUUCUCUGAAAGCUGCCACCCAGGUGGAUAGAGUUGUUAAGAAAGCAUACGGUGUGUUAGCUUUCAUUAACAGAGGAAUUGAGUUCAAGAGCCGUGCUCCAGCUCCAGCUGUACAAAAUCCUGGUUCGGCCACAUCUGGAGUAUUGUGUCCAGUUCUGGUUGCUUCAUUACAGGAAAAGGUGGAAAAGGUGCAGAGAAGAUUUACCAGGAUGUUGCCUGAAAUGGAGGGAAGGUCUUACAAGGAAGGGUUGAGAGAGCUAGGGCUUUUUUCUUUAGGAAGAUGAAGGAUGAGAGGUGACUUGAUAGAGGUGUACGAAUUGAUCAGAGGUAUGGCUAGAGUGGACAGCCAGAGACACUUUUUCUGGGGUGGAGGUAGCAAUUAUGAGGGGGCAUCGUUUUUAAAGUGUGUGGAGGUAGAUAUAGGGGAGACGUCCAGAGGUAGGUUCUUUACUCUGGUCGGGGUGUGGAAUGCCUUGCUGGAGAGGGUAUUGGAGUUGGCCUCAUUAGGGACAUUUAAAUGGCUAUUGGAUCGGCAUAUGGAUGAAUAGUAUAAGGUAGGGGUGGAGGUUAGAUCUUAGGAUUAGGGUAAAAGUUUGGCACAACAUCAUGGGCCAAAGGGCCUGUACUGUUCUAUGACAUUGGGAAGAAACUGGAUCACCUGGAGCAAACACGCAGGCACGGAGAGAGCGUGCAAACUCCACUCAGUUGCUCAAGGGUGGAAUUGAACCUAGGUUCCUGGCACCGUGCUAACUACUGAGCCUCUCCUCUCUCUUCCCCAACCCACCCUGCCCCCACCGUGGUGUGUCUGGAAGAUACUGUUGAGAAAGUCUGGCUGAGUUUUAGAAGUCCAUCUCAUUAGAUGGUGCACACUGCUUCACAGAUGAAAGGGUUGAAUGGUGAACAUGCUGGAUGGAGUGCUCGUGAGACAGACUGCCUUGUGCUGGAUGUUGACGAGCUUCUUGUGUAGUUGGAGCUGUACCUAUCCAGGCACAAGAAUAAUAUUCCAUCUACUUUUACUUUGUAGAUGGUAGUCAGCUAAAAGGGAGACAGGAUAUGAGUUACUCCCCUCAAAAUUCCCAGCCUCUGACCUGCCCUCAACCACAGUUUUUAAAUGGCAGGUCCUGUUCGGUUUCUGGUCAGUAGUAACCCUUGGGAGAUUCGGCUGUGGUAGUGCCAUGGAAUGUCACGGGGCGACAUUAAGAUGAUCUUGUUGGAAGUGCUUAUUGUUUGGCAUUUGUAUAGCAUAAUUGUUACUUGCUCCAUGUAUUGUCUAAGUCUUUGUGCUGAGGAGGCACAAAUGAUGCUGAAUGUUGUGCAGUCAUCAGUGAACAUGACAACUUCUGAUUUUGGUGCGAAGGGCAUUGAAACCAACUAGGUUGGCCUAAGACACGAUUCGAAAGAUUUCCUGCAGUGAUGUCCUUGGACUGAGAUGAGUGGCCACCAACAACUGCACCAUCUUCAUUUGUGCCAGGUUUGACUCUAACCAAUGAAAAAAUGGAAAGUGCACCCCACCCCCCCCCCUCCCAAUUCCCAUUGACUUCAAUGUUGCUAGGGCAUUCUAGAUGUCACUGUCAAAUCCUGCCUUGAUGUCAAGGGCAGUCACUCUUGGCUUACCUUAAGAAUUUAGCUAUUUUGUCUAAGUUUGAACCAAAGCUAAGGUCAGGAGCUGAUUGGCCCUACUGGAACCUAAACUUAGUGUCAUGAGAUUAUUCCUUUGCAUGCGCUGCUUGAGAGUGCACUCUGACCCCUUCAGUCACUUCGAUUGAUUAGAGGCUGGGUCAAUUGGGCUUGCUUUCUACAGUCCUGACCAUUGAAUUUACUCUAUUGUACCAUUCUAAUUUACUUAAAAUAAAGCAGAGGGUUAUGAGAUGAAUAGGAAACCUGAUCUGUUAAUGCAAAACCAGAGGGGAUAAAAUACAUGCAGAUUUAUACUGGAGUUAAAAAAGAGCCGAGAUGUUUCCAUGUUACUGAUCUCUUCUACUGUGGGUAACCGUGUAACAAAAGUGAUUUGCAGCCACCCGGAAAGAAUGACUUAAGGGUGAACUGUGGAGAGAUCAGUGAUCAUCGCUGAGGGAGGGUACACUGGAGCACGGGUCUUAGCAAUGUGCCAGUCAGCAGCCUCUUGUAAAAUUUACAUCGGCACAGAUCUGCGUGAAUUUGCCAGGAAAGGAAAUGCCAUGAACUUCCAGAAGACAGCACAGAAUGAAAAAGCACCAACGACAAUAACAUUAAAAACACAGCUCAAUGCAGAUUAUAUCUAUUGAGAAGAUAAAUUAUGGAAGCUAAUAUUCCAAGAUUCUUAAACUAUAGUCAAUAACUGCUGCAUAACAAAACUUGAACAUCUAACAAUAUGAUGAGCGCCCAAAUAUUAUGUUAGAGAUAAAAGACAGUACAUUAAGCAAUGAUAAGAUCUAAAUUCCAUAAAUAGUGCCAAUUUGAAGUAUGAUGGUACUUUGGUAUUUAUUUAGCACUUCAGAGUUCUUUGUAUGCAAAGUCAUGAUUAGAGCUUCCUCUGUGUUCGUUACAACUGACCUAAAAUUAUUUUUCCUUAAAGUUUAUGUCCAUGCUUCUAGGCCUCAUUGUUACAGAUGGGUUAGCAUGUAGUACAGUAACUAGCAUUUUAGUGUUUUUUAGCUUUACCUUUUUUUCAGGUAAGGCAAAACUACCAGAACUUAUAAUUAGGGACUGAAUGAGCAUUAAACAGCAUAUGCUCCAGAGAAAAUGUGGUUUUUGGGAAGAACAGUAAUAUCUUUCUAACCUUCUCCUUUUUAUUAGGAUAUGAUGUGUAUGGUACGUAAAUGGAUUUCUAGGCUUUCAAAUUGUUUCCCCACAACAGCUUGACUGGGGAGAAAUGCAAGUGCCUGGAAUUGAAACACACAUUACUGGAGAAACUCAGUAGGUUUGAUAGCAUCUGUGGAGAGAGGAAGUGUCAAUUUUGAAUCUGGUAUGACUUCAGAAUGGGGGUGGAGAAUUGAAAGUAGCCUUUGUUCCAUUGGUGAUUGAUUGGGAAAGUAAGGGAGAGUUAAGAUAAACAUGAUACACUUAAGGAUGUAACAAGAGGUAUCUUUACCAUGGCCUACACAUUUUGCUUCGUAUAUCAGUUUUUUACACUAUUUGGAUAUAAUUCCAGACUUAUAUGUGCAAAUAAUUAUAAGAGAACUUAUUUUAGCAGACAUCAAAGCUGAUCUUGAUCUUGUCACAUGACAUUAAUUUUUGUGUGGAUGACCAGACCAGAAAAAUCUAGCAGACUUUUUCCUUUCUUAGAGGAACUGAGCUUUGAAGUGUCUGUUUUGCUAGGGAUAUGCCAACUUAACAGAUUUGGGGUCAAACCUGAAAUUCUUGGGUAUCACUUGCAUGCCCAGUUGGAUUUAAUAUACUGUCCACUGUUUCCUCAAUUUAUAAAAGUAGACUAAUUAUUUGCAAGAGUUCAAUUGAUGUUCUGACAGUCAACUAAUUUAGAAAUGGAAGAAUAACAACUGCAUCCUGGACUGAAGGGUGGAAGAAAAUAGUUUGUGCUGGAAGGCAGUGUUUAAUGAGGAUUUGGUGCAGCUGGAAUAAUCAAGCUGGUGCCUUCAGGAAAAACUAGGGUGAGUAACCAGUUUCAUUUACUGUGAAACUAUAAAGCCAGACACAGCAGUACAUCUUUUCAUACAUCAAAGGAGGUCGCCCAAGAGCCAUAAAGAGGAUGAAAGCUGAAAACUACCACUAGAGCAAGUAUUAAUGUUUUUGAGGGAGUAAACCCUAGAUCAGUAAAAAGGGAUGUGUUGUACUACACAGUUUAUACUUUGGUUCUCGAGGUAAAUAUUAAAAUUGAAAUUCCACUCUUUCAGAAACUAAAGCAACUUCUAGAGUGGGGAUGUGAUCAAUUUCGGAGCAGUAUAAGUUUAUAAAUGGGAGCUUCAGUGAAUGAUUUCAUGUUAACUUUCAGCAGUGCUGUAAAUCAGUAAUGGAUGAAAUUCCAUUCUGGCUUCUUGAUCCAGAACGAACCUACAGUUUUUCUAUUACAACUGUCUUAAUGACUUGCACAUGGAGGUAAUGCAGUAAGUGUUCAUCAGAUUAAUAUCUGGGAUAGCAGAACUGCCCUAAAGGCAGAUUGGAGAUUGAGCAUGUAUUCUCUGGAGGUUAGAAAAAUGACAAGGCAAUUUCAUUUGAAACUUGCAAAGUUCUUGAAGGCCCAGACAAGGUGGAUCGAAAAAAGCUCUUUCCUUUGGCUGCAGGGUUUAAAGCCAGGCAACAACGUCCUACAUGGCUUUCCCCUUAUUCUGAGAUGAAAAUUUUUCUGAAGGAGGGUCUAGGUCCACAAUGCCAACUUUCCUGCUCCUCUGAUGCUGCUUGACCUGCUGUGUUCAUCCAGCUCAAUACCUUGUUAUGUCAAUUUGGCCCAUCUCUCUGGUCUAUUCCAACACAAUGCUUUGAGGUAAGAAUGGAACUUCAUGGCAUGAAUGAAACUUAGCAAUAUUCAUGAUGAGCAUUGGCAAGUGCUCACACUUUUUAAUUGAAUUGUCUUCUACUUUGUGAUAAUUUAGCAUUCUUCUUGAGAUUUACAGGUGGAGCCUAAUUUGAGCCUCUAGAUUAAUGAAAUCAGGAAAAGUUUUAGUUUGGCUUGUAGUUUGUGCACUGUGACACAAGCCUGUCAAGGUAUAUGUGUACAUUUUAGUUGUGACUUAGUUCUUACUAGUUUGGAACUGCUGGUUAUAAUUAGUCGUAAAUUUAAUGUACAAAAUCCAGGACCAAGAUUAUUGUUUUUUCGGAUAAUGGCUGGGUCAGAGCCGGUACCAAUUUACGUUGAGAUGACAGUAAAUGGUAGGGACACCCAUGUAAAGAUCCUUGUGUGACCAUCUGGAUUAAGCAAUAACUUACGAAUAAGCAGAUAUUUGCAAUAGUAAGGUGGCAUCUGGAUGCAAGUUGUCAACUAAUUAGCAGCUUUAAAAAAUGUUUGAAGCUGUAGAAAAGGUAGGUUGUUCACAUCUGAAAUAUACAAAAUUCUAGUUAGAUUAGCAGGUCAAGAGGCAAAAUAAUCUGCUUCUGCUCCAGUUUCUUGCUUUGGAUCUUUGAUUAUUUUUUUAAAAAUACACAUUUAGGUGUUCUUUAUAGGACAGUAAAUAAAGGAUGUUUCCACAAGAAAAGUAAAAGCAAGUUAUUGUCAGAUAAAUCUCUUUUAUUUAAGAUUAUAAAUGAAAACAAAGGGAGGGAAAGUGAAUAUUAAUCUCAUCUCCCUUACAACAUGCAUUUUACAAGCAAAGUAAAUUACAUUUCAAAACAAACUUCAAUCCAAAAUACAUCUGAAAGAAAAAUCAGAUUCUGUCCAGCAUUUUGCCUCUAACGUUAUUAGAUCACAACUUCCAAGCUCCACUUUCAAAUGAAACUGUAUCAUGCCAUUUGAAAGUUCUUUAAAAAAAUAGACUGGAUUCCUAUUUUUGACAGUUUGCUUGGCUGUGUGCAUUGAUAUUUGGGGGAUACAGAAACUGUGUUCCCAGUUAGAAGCAUUUGCUUUAGCCUGUAUGGUCGGAAUGCAGCUCUGUGCCCAGGAGCAAGUUCAUGGCCUAUUUGCUGGCAUAUACUUGAAGGAUCCAUCCUGAUUGGGACAUUGAUUGGAUUGAGUAAGUAGUGGGACUGAAUACUUAAAACAAAAAACUAUUGUAGCUUCUAAAGUAGACUCACCAGUUAACUUCAGAGGGAAAGGGAAUCUCAUCAGUCAUAAAUUUGGCAUAAGAUAUUAAGUAAUUCCUACCUUUGUCUGGAUGGUGAUAUUUAUCAAAACCAUACUUGAAUUUUAGAAUCAACAAUUUUUUAAAAAUCAUUGAAUGUAAAACUAUACAAAUAUGUAAAUUUCUGGCCCAAAUUAAAAUAACAUUUAAGACGGUAGUGUUUUAAAACUACUUUUUUCCCGAACACUGAAGAAACGUCAUUCUUGAGGCAUAGAAUUUAAAAAUUGGACAUGAGAAAAAUAAUCCAGUGAAUCCAACCCAUUUUCUCAGUCUACAAAACAAACUUGUUUAAAACCUGAUUAUAUUUGUUGACAACUCCAAAGGUCUUGACUUUCAGAACUAAGUUGUUUGAUUUAGGCAUUGCCAUUUUAUCUCUUCCCUUAUCUCAUUCACUCCAGUAUUGAGAGGUAGAAGUGUUUCUGUUUUUUUGGUCGAAAGAUUGAGUGGGAAGGUGGGUUAAUUGUUUUCAAAAACUUACCCAGUUAUUGAUGUGCAGCAUUGUAACUCUACCAAUUAACUUACUGAAGUUUGGUUCUGAUUGGCAUGAAAAUCACUUCUGUGCUCAAAUUACCUUAAGAAUAAUUGUGUACAAAUGACAUGUGCCUUUCUACUUUGAGAAAUUAUUAUUCAGAUUUACUUGCAAGAAGUUGAACGCUGUCUACUUUCUCAGCUUUUUAAAAAUCUUGAUCCAAUCGUCAGUGUUAAAUUUUCUUCACUCAACUCAUCUAGUAUAAAUCACAUUGCAAAAUGCAGUUUGUUUCAUUUUUAAAAGAUGUUUGUAUUUACAUUGUUGUUUUGGAUAGCUGGCCAAUGGAAUGAAAAUUUUAUCUCCAAACAUAUAAAACUAACUUGUGCUAGGAAAUAAACAUCUCCAUGGCUUUGUUAUUUGGCAUGG